AUGGCUGAUCAUCCUUACAGUUCCAACCUUUUCUCUUCUUCAUCACCAAGUUUCUUCCAAUUCAAUCAUAUUUUUCCAUCUUCAAACCCUUCUCCACACCAUCUCCAUAACCCUUUUCUCCAUCACCACAACAACAACCACACCUUUUUCCACUACCAUCAUAUUUCAUCUUCUUCUUCACCACCUUCUCCUCCUCUCAGAGAAGAACUACCUCUUCUAAGCCUAAUCCCAGCAAAACAAGAAGAAUAUGAAGAUCAACAAGAACAUGAUGAGGAUAUUCAAGACCUCCCUUGCACUGCCAUGGAUUUAGAAGAAAGGGAAGAAGAAGGUAGAAGUAGUAAUACAGUCACUGUUGCACUUCACAUAGGUUUGCCAAACCCUAGUGCUGCUGAAAUGGCUUCUGUACUUUCUUCAUCAAAUAACUCAUCAGAGAUCACCGUCACUGAUAAAGAACAAGGCGAUGAUUCUUCUUCUGGCUUCAUCAUGCUUCAUAAUAACACCCUUAACAAAGGACAGUAUUGGAUCCCUACUCCAUCUCAGAUUCUCAUUGGUCCAACUCAGUUUGCUUGCCCGGUUUGCUCCAAAACUUUCAACAGAUAUAACAACAUGCAGAUGCAUAUGUGGGGGCAUGGAUCACAAUACCGGAAAGGUCCGGAAUCUCUGAGAGGCACACAACCAACCGGAAUGCUAAGGCUACCAUGUUACUGCUGUGCACCAGGUUGCAGAAACAAUAUUGAUCAUCCAAGGGCAAAGCCGUUGAAAGAUUUCCGAACACUUCAAACACAUUACAAGCGGAAACAUGGAAUUAAGCCAUUCAUGUGUAGAAAAUGCAGCAAGGCUUUUGCUGUUAGAGGAGAUUGGAGAACUCAUGAAAAGAAUUGUGGGAAGCUUUGGUAUUGUAUCUGUGGUUCUGAUUUCAAACAUAAGAGGUCUCUUAAAGAUCAUAUCAAAGCUUUUGGAAAUGGACAUGCUGCUUAUGGAUUUGAUGGGUUUGAAGAAGAGGAUGAACCAGCUUCUGAAGUUGAGCAAGAUAAUGAUUAA